AUGCGUUUGGCAGGCGGUCGGGAGAUCGUGCUGCCGAUGAGCAGAGCAGUGGAAAUUAGUUUUCGCAGCCUGAAAAUUCGCUUUGGCCGCUCGCUGAUCACCACCAGCGGCGUGGUUCUGGCCAUCGCCUUUUUAAUGUCGGUGUGGAGCAGCAACGAAAUCGUCAGUAGUCUGCGGAGCGCGGACAAAAGCGAGAUCAACUUGCUGUUGCAAAAAAACGGCAUUGAGACCGGCGUCACCGAGGCCGGUGACGCUUCCGCAGAGGCCAUGAGCCGCAUGCAGGAAGAGCGAUCCAAGCAGACUUGGCUCAUCAGCCUCUCGCUCUUGGUCUGCGUCGUCGGCAUUGCCAACGCCAUGUUGAUGUCGGUGACCGAGCGCUUCCGCGAGAUCGGCACCAUGAAGUGCCUCGGGGCCUUGGACUCCUUUAUCGUCAAGCUCUUCCUCCUCGAAUCGACCUUUCAGGGGUUGGCGGGAACUUCGGCGGGAUCAUCAUCGGCUUCGCGCUGA